UAGCGGCGACGCGGGGCGCCAGCCGGCGGCAGGAUCGAGUUCCUCGUGUCCUGUUUCGGUCUGUUGAACAAAAGGAGCUUUCCCGCGAGAAAUUCAGAAGAGGGCCUCCCGGCGCCUGACAGCUGCUGAACAAAGCGAAGAAGGCGGUUGCGCGGCCGCAGGGGAGACGUCAUCAGAGCGCGCCGGAAGCGGCCCGACGAUGAAGGGAGUGAUCUACCACGCCUUCUCACAGAAAGAGGCCAAAGAGCACGAUGUACAGCACCGCGGGCCGCAGCGGGCUGAGGCCUUCGUGCGGGCCUUCCUGAAGAGGAGUCUGCCCCGCCUGAGUCAGCAGGCCUGUGAGGACCAGCUGCAGCGCAAGGCUGUCAUCCUGGAGUACUUCACUCGCCGGAAGCGGAAGGAAAAGAGGAAGAAGUCCAGAGGCCUCUCUGCCAGGGAGAGGAGAGACCUGCGGCUCUUUGACAUUAAGCCAGAGCAACAGAGAUACAGUCUCUUUCUCCCUCUGCAUGAACUUUGGAAGCAGUACAUCCGCGACCUGUGCAAUGGGCUCAAGCCAGACACGCAGCCACAGAUGAUUCAAGCCAAGCUGCUCAAGGCGGAUCUUCAUGGAGCUGUCAUUUCAGUCACAAAAUCCAAGUGCCCCUCCUAUGUGGGGGUCACAGGCAUCCUUCUGCAAGAGACCAAGCAUGUCUUCAAGAUCAUCACCAAAGAAGACCGCCUAAAAGUUAUCCCCAAACUAAAUUGUGUGUUCACUGUAGAAAUUGAUGAUUUCAUUUCCUACAUUUAUGGAAGCAAAUUCCAGCUUAGGGCAAGUGAGCGUUCUGCCAAGAAGUUCAAGGCAAAGGGAACAAUCGACCUGUGAAUAAUCCCCGGUUGCCUGAAGCUGCUUCUGGGGCCGGCGAGCGCCCCGCCCCCCACCAUGCUGACGGCGGUGCAGACCUCCAGCCAGGCAGGCCUGAGGAACAGCACCCGAGCCUGAGUGGCCUUAAUCCAGGCGCUGUGCCUGGGGAAGAAUGAAAGAGAGCUCACAGCUUGACGAACCUGCUCAGUGAGACAGCCAGGACCAGUGUGCACUGUCUUUUCACACUGCCCUGUGUUUUCUCAAUGGUCUGUGAUGAAUCCAUUGCCCAUGUUACAAUAAAGUCUUUAUAGACAUCA